ACAAGACGCAGCCAUGGCAGAGGGCAAGACCGGAGGCGCUGGGCUAUUCGCAAAGCGGGUCCAAAAGCAACUCAGCCGAGCCCAAGAGAAGGUUUUGCAGAAACUGGGGAAAACCGUGGAGACAAAAGAUGAACAGUUUGAACAAAGUGCAUACAAUUUCCAACAGCAGCAGGUUGAAGGUCACAAACUCUACAAGGAGCUUAAGGUUUUCCUCAGUGCUGUGAAAGUGAUGCACGAAAGCUCCAAGAAACUGUCCGAAACCCUGCAAGAAAUUUACUGUGAGGAGUGGGAAGGGUAUGAAGACUUGAAAGCCAUAGUGCAUAGUAAUGACCUCCUAUGGGAAGAUUAUGAGGAGAAGUUGGCAGACCAGGCAGUCAGGACCAUGGAGAACUACUUGACUCAGUUCAAUGAAAUUAAGGAGCGAAUUGCUAAAAGGGGACGGAAACUAGUAGAUUAUGAUAGCAACAGGCAUCACUUGGAAGCCCUGCAGAAUGCCAAGAAGAAAGAUGAAGCUAAAAUUGUAAAGGCUGAAGAGGAGUUCUAUAAAGCUCAAGCUGUAUUUGAGGAACUCAACAAAGAAUUAAGAGAAGAGUUGCCGGACCUUUACAACAGUCGAAUUGCUUGCUAUGUGACAAUAUUUCAGAAUAUUUCCAAUCUGCGAGACAUCUUCUACAAGGAAAUGAGCAAGCUGAACCAUGACCUAUAUGAUGUGAUGAGCAAACUAGAAAAGCAACACUCCAACAAAGUUUUUAUUAUUAAAGGGAUAUCAAGUAACAGAGGCUCCUUGGUCAUCUCAUCUCCAGUUAGUCCUACCAGUGCCUCUUUCAUGCACGCAGGGAACAGCAUAAGCGAGACACUAGCAUCUCCCCCUGCCACUUCCUCAAACCAAGAAAGAGAUGUUGUUUCGGCAACUGAGGUCGCAUCCACAUCCAGUGGUGCCAGCGAAACACAGGAAGAGAUCCCGGCAUCUUUGGCCACAGAAUUGCAAAGUGAGACAGCAGAUGUAGCUGAGUCCAACUCGUCAGCUAUUAGCACACCCAAAGAUGACAGCCAAGCAGCAGAACAGGAACAGCCCAUCAGUGCUUCCAGAGGCACCCCACAGAAAGUUGAGGAGGUUGCAAAUAAUAUAGCAGUAGAGAUUUUAUCAGAGGCAAUGCUUGAAGCUACUGGCAAAGGCCCAAAUGUUUCCAAAGACUCAGAAGACACCGCACAGCUCCUUUCGGUUAAUAUUGCUGAAAUCAGUGGUCCUUGCGAGAAAGAGCAAGGUUCUCUACCCCAGACAAGUGAGAAAAUUCCACUGGUGAUGGAACAGGAAGUUGAACCACCCCCAAACACCCAGGAUGAAGCUCGUAUUGAAGAAUCCGAUCACCAGGGCAACAGCUUGUCACUCAAUGGGAGUUCAGUUCUCCCUGAAGGAAAUCCCCAAGAUCAUCCAUCUUCCACCCAAGCUGAAGUAGUCCAAGUAGGAGCACCCGAUACCACCAAUGGCUGCAUUACUUCUGCACUACCCAAAACAGAGGCCAUCGAACAGCAGCAGCCAGAGGCAGGGGGAGCGAGUUGUCAGGAGGACCACAGGGAUGCGGAAGAUGCCAGCAGCAGUGAUGGAAGCAUUGAAGAAAUAGACCUUUCCCCAAAGGUCACCAACACUCAGACCAUCUCUAGCUUCUUCUCAGAUGACAAUAAAGAGAACUUUGGCAAGCGGCCCCUGGGCUUCAUGUUCAAGGCUCAGGCAAUCCAACCUCAUGCCUCAGAUGUUGAGAAUCACCUUCAAUUUGGACAAGGGGCAAUCAUACUGGUGCUUUCGGAUGCACAGGCUGAGGAAAAAGGACUCCUGAUGGGUAUAAAGGAGACUGACUGGAAGGAGAACCAGGACAUGCUACAGAAAGGCAUUUUCCCCAAAGACCUCAUCAAAUCUAUCCCCUUGGAAUAAACUCAGAAGUUAGGAUAGAAGCGGAAUGAAAGGAAAACUCAACACCGGGGAAUCUCCUAUUGUCCAAAUACUGGUUUUCCAAAAUUCCUUGUUAAUUAGCUCCUUUUCCUCGCUCAUGAAACCUCUUGCCAAUGUGAUGCUAUGUACAUUUCAGUAUUUCUGGUAUCUGUGUACCACUGAAUGGUUUGGAUAUUCCCCAUUCUAGGUCAACAACUGGCAGCUCCUUGUGCCAAAUCCAGCGCUGAGGUUGGUCUCUUCCAGUACUUUUCUGAGGUGAAAGAAGGGUAUGGAGGGAAUCAGACCUAUGAUUGCAGGAAUGGCUACGCUGCAGGAUGGGGUUGAGGGUCUUUGGCCUCUGUCAGAACUACUUGCUGACCUGUCUAUACAUUGUCUUUGCCCUGGGGUGGUUCGAAUAUGCACUGCAUCAGUUAUAUGACACAGCUACCAAUUCAGAGCCACCAGGGGUAAAGAGCUGAAGAUGCGGAACAGAAAAGUUGGGAAAUUACCCCGACUUUUCCUGCCCGAGCGAGGUCAGCGCAACUCUUCCCCGUCUGUCUUCACUCGGGGGGGGGGCGUUCCCAGGCAGAAGGCGACCUGCCAUUAGUUGCUGGAAGCCACAGUAGGAGGAGGGGACAGGCCCACCAAAAUGCUCACGCUGCCUUCCUCUGUCUGGAUAACUUGCUGCCACCCCACACCAGCAAAACUGUGGAAUUUGAUGGCGGAACAGCACCAAUUCAGUCCUGUGAAGACUCUCCCCAUGUGCCAGUUCAGCUAAGACUGCAAUCCUAUAUACACUUACCUGUGUGCAGCCCCCAUUGAACUCAGAAGGCCUUACUUCUGAGUAGGCAUGUAUAAGAUUGCACUCUUAUGUGAGGUAUUGUAUGAAUCUAUUGAAAAUCAAUCACAUUAAUAAUUGUAACCACAGAAUGCUUUGCAAACAGUGACAUUGUACUUAAGGGUUUGUUAUGAAUUAUUAUAAAAGCCCUACGGGAGAAUGAGGUGAUUCUGCUUGGCUUAAAUGGAAUGUUGGCCCAGAGGCCAGAGGAAAGGGGAAGAAUGGGGAUUUGUCUCUGCUUUAUGAAGGUGAAAGAGAGGAUUUGAAAUCCCUAGAUACCUAAGGAUGCUUAGGUCUAACAGUAGAUGAGGUGAUAGUUGCUGGAUUGUCCCAUUUCAGACUACAGAUAGGAGAACUUCAUCGUGACUGAGUGCUUGUAGAUACUCCCUGCAAAAAGAAAACUAAAGAAAAAGAGGUCAAGUUUUUCUCUCUGAUAACAAUAGUUUUGUAUGUGCAGAAGCUUAUUUUAUCCCACACGGGGAAGCAUUCAACCAUGUCAUUCUUCUUUUUGUAGUCUGAAGUGCUCUGUUGAAGGAGUUUUAGAGCUCCAUCACACCAGUGAUUUAUCACACACUCGCCAUGCCUGGUAUGUGGUUUUGCAGUCUCGUACUCACAUGAUGUCAUCCACGUCCUGCACUCAUUUCACCUCUUCCCCUCCAAGUUUGGUUUCUUUUUGGAGCAGGGAAAGUCUGGAUUAAUUUCCCUCCCUGCAAAAUAAAUGUGCUCCUCUCUCCCAUGUAUU